AGACAGACACAAUGCUUCUGAGGUUAGGAUUUCUUUUGGUAUGCUCAAUGCUAGAGAAAGUGAUAGGACAAACGAAAGUGGUCAACUAUAUUGAUAACUCUAUAAUAGGUACACCCAAGGUAAUAUGCGCGGAAAAUGAUCUGGCACUCGACAUUGUCACCUCCAAACCAUUUCGUGGAAAUAUUUUUGUAAAGGGACGAGCGAAAGACAAGUCAUGUCGACAAAGUUAUGCGAACAAUGGAACAAACUCAUACUCAUUGCCGCUUGGAAAAUGUGGAAUGCAACGGUUACGAUCGGCAAAUCCUCGAGGCGUCAAUUUUAUGGUCACAGUCAUUGUAUCAUUCCAUCCAGCUGGAUUCAUCACAAAAAAUGAUAGGGCAUUCCAUGUUAAAUGUUUCUAUAUGGAACCAGAUGAGAUUGUUACUCAGAAUAUUGAUGUUAGUAUGAUCCCAACGACUGAACUAUCUGACAGUAUGGUAAUGCCAAAAUGCGAGUAUUCAGUUCGUCGUGAUGGUCCAAAUGGUCCAACUUUAACAUAUGCCAAUGUCGGAGAUAUUGUAUUUCAUGUAUGGGAAUGUACACCGGCUGAUAUGGGAAUGCUUGUCAAAAAGUGUUUUGUAACAGAUGGAGACGGAGAAGAUCAUGCUGUUGUUGACUUUGAUGGCUGUGCAACUGAUCCAUUCUUGCUCAGUGAGCUGUCUUACGAUGCUUCACUUAUGCGAGCUCAUGCAUCAAGUCAAGUUUUCAAAUAUGCAGACUCAAAUCAAUUAUAUUUCACUUGUCAGAUAAGAUUGUGUCAGAAACAAAUGGGAAUGUGCCAGGAAGUUACGCCACCAAACUGUGGAGUCAAGAAAUUGCUGAGUGAAGCAAGUGGUGAUGGAAAUCGAACAAAAAGAGAAGCUGAUCGGUCUGAUUAUGAGAUCGACGUAGCAACAUCAGAACUUCUUGUACUUGAUCCAGCAGAUCGUGGGCUCCUUGCUCCUUCUCCAUUCUGUGUUCCACGACUACUUCUUCCAGUUCUUCCCCUUAUUCUUAUCACAAUUGUAUCAUUAACAGUUGUCUCCACAGCACUAGUGAUUCGAAGACAAAAUCACAAAAAAGAGCUCGAUAUAAUGCAGUCAGGCAGAUAUUAUUGAUUUUCACAUUAUUAUAUUAUUUUAUAAAUUACACGUCCCGAUUGUACGGUUUCAGCUCCCAUUUUUCUCUUAAAAAUUCCCUUGAACUCUCUCGAAAGUCAGGCACAAAUUUCUCAUUCUUUUUCUCUGUGAUGUCUGUUCCACACAUAUUUUUACGGAAUCUAAUUCAUCAGGCAUCAAUGUUAUUUUAUAUAAAUUUACGAGUGUUUACAUUAAUAAAAUCUGAAUUU